GGCCCCUUCAACGUGAACUUGUCUGGGAUGCCAAGCGGAGAACGCAUCCAAGUUGCGAUUCGGGCUCGGCCGACAAAGAAUGGACACAAAUCGUCAUUGUCAUGGCGGAACAACACAUUGUACAUCCAGGUAGAUGGCCGUGACUCGGCCGCGUCGUUCCUUUGCGACCGUUUCCUCGACGCAUCCACAAGCCACGACGAGGCCUUCUUGAAAUCUGAGGUGGCCUCAUUGGUGCAAAGUGCAGUUUCUGGGUACUCGUGCACAGUGUUUGCCUAUGGACAGGCAGGGGCGGGCAAAAUCCUACACCAUCUUGGGCCAGACUAGGGCAUUGUGCAGCCAACAUGUGCGAAGUAAAGCCUUACAAGACCUAGUUCAUGGCUUUA